AAGGAGAAGAAGAGACGAGGAGGACAUGGAGUCUCAGAGGGAGCAGGUCAUGUGGAGGCUCGAGAAGCUGCUCGGUGACACCUGUAACGUCGGAGGUCUGGCAGGAGAAACCCACCCUGCUUCAGACAGCAUCUGCACCGAGGACUUCAUCACACGCUUCAGAGAUGAGAUGGUUGAACUUGCAUUUCCAGAGAGAUAUAUUCAACAACAAGACCCAGAAGAAGAGCCUGAGAGGGCGGAGAUAUCAGACUGUGACACUUUGCAGAAUGAACCACAGCAGAAAGGUUUUCUUAAUGUUGACAGAGGAGAAACAGCUCUGACUGGGAGGAGUAAUAAAGACACAGAGACUGCUCACUAUUCUGAGGCAAAGAAGAUAUCUGAGAGAAAGGAUCCGAGGAGACGUCUGUCUGACAGCUGUGCAGUAAAUAUGUCAUGCAGUGAGAGAGCAGACGCUGGAGGAAGAUACAAAACACAAGAGAGGCGCGGUGAAGAUAACAGCAUCUCUUUUAAAGCAGAGGUUGAACAUGAGACUCAGCGACAGUCUGCCAGUUGUUCUCCUAAGGCCAGGUGCUUGGCAGGUGUGCCUGUGAGGAGUUUUGACACGGUGUCCAUUGACAGUGACCUCGACUCAGUCUGCACGGAGCAAGUCAGGCUGCACAUCCACAGGCGCCCAGGAUGGCGCUCUCUCAUUCAGUCUGUCACAGGCAUGGAUGACUUCAGUAGCAACCAGAGUGAGUGUGACUCACAAACACAGGAAGACAGUGAUCCUCGACCUUCCUCCGUGCAAAGCUCUUUGAAUGGAAACAGAGACAACAGAAGUUCCUCUAUCCGUAGAUCACAGCGUAAUAAAAGAGAAACUCACAGACUCGUGUGCUCUUUGGAGGACAAGGACACAGAUGAGGAAAUGGAUCACUGGAGGAGGAGCUCAGAGAAGAUGCUGUCUGAUUGUGCCGAGACGAGAGAGCGGCUCUCUACACUCCAACAAAAAUGUCAGAAAGAGGAGGAGUCACUGCAGCUGAAGACGACUCAGGUAAAAGAUGCUGAGCGAGCUCUCUCCCAUCUUCAACAUAGAAGAAAGCAUGCCUUGCAGGAUUUAGAGCUUCUGAAAGUGGAGACAACAAAGAUGGACAAGGAGAAGAGGAGGCUGGAGUUUGUUCUGAGAGACCACCGAGCAGAGAAAGAUUCUAUAAGUUGCCAGUUGCAGGAAAUGCAGAGGCAGAAGAAAGCCUGUCCAGUCGAGCAGCCCCGUGUGGUCAUGACUGUGUUGGAGAGGGAGGAGAUGGACAGACAGCUGGAUUCGGCCAAAACAGAACUGUUUGCUGAGCAGAGGCGUGCACGAGAGAAGCUGGAGUCCAUGCAAGAAAAGUUGGAGGAGACUCGUGAGGAGCUGCAGAGGGUCACAGACGCAGAGAGCAUACUGAGGACCAGGUGUGCAUGUCUGGAGGAGAAACAAAUGCAGAAAAAGGAUCAGGUGGAGGGUGAAUAUAGGAUCAGAGUGGGAACCCUGGAGAAGAUGCUGGCUCAGAGGGAGCUGCAGCUGCUGGAUUUAAAGGAGCAACAUUUGGUCCUUAAAGCAGAAAGAGAUGGACUGAAGGGGGAGCUACAACGCUUACAAACUCUGCACUCCAAUGCACUGAAAGAGGCCCAGGAGCAAGUCCACAGAAUGACAGUCAAUAAGCAGAGUGAAGCAGAGAAGGCCGUCUCUCUCACACGGCACAUUGAGUCCUUGAAAAGUUCGAUCAAGCUCAGAGAAGAGGAGGUGAGGAAGCUGAGGGAUUCUCUGGAGCAGCAGAAGGAGGAUGCGAGUAACCGUGAAGAGGAGCUGCGUGUAGAAGCCUGCAGAAAGGUGCAUGAGGCAGUCGAGGAAGCGAGGAGGAAGUGGGAGGCAGAAAAAGUGGAAGCUUGGCAGCUGCACUGUGGGAUCCUGGAGGAGCAGAACAGAAAGCGACUGGAGAGCAUGCGGAGCGAGAAGCAGCGAGAGAGGAGCAAAACAUCGGCUCUUCAACAUAAAGUGCUUGAGCUAAAAACACGGGUGCAGGAGUUGGAGAGCGAGAGCAGCGUGCAGCAGAGAGAGCACGAGUCGUUGCUGGCUGUAAUUUGUAAAUCUCUGAAGGAGGAGCACCAGGCUGAGCUGCAGAAGAUGCAGACACAGAUGGCAGAGGAGAGUCAGAGGGCAGCGCAGCGGCUCGAGCAGGCUGUGCAGCUGGCAGAGAGAGAGGCUGACAGGCUCCGGCUGAUGCUUGAAGAGAGGGAGAGUGGCCAUCAUGAAAUCACAGCUGAGCUGGAUCAGCAGUUACGGCACUGCGCCCGGGCGCUCACAGCGGAGUGCCAACAUCUCCUCCUGUUAGUGGAGCAGAGUGGAGCCAAACAAAGUUCUGUGGAAAUAACCCCCAGCUCUACAGUAGCCGAGGCUUUAACAAACCUGCAGAAGCUAAGAGAGCGGUUGAAGCAUCUGAUACGUCAUCUAAACCAGCAGCUUGACACACAGAAAGAAACCAUCGAGCAGCUGAGGAAAGCCAAGGAGCGAGAACUGAGUAUACAGAGGCAACAGCUGAGGAUGGAGAGAAACCAGGCCAUGGAUUCACUAAAGGAGCGUCUCAUUCAGGAGCACAUCGAGGAGCUAAGCAGUCUGAAUGUGGCUCAUAUGUGUGAUGGAGGAGCUGAGGGAGGAGGAGGAGCAGCAGCGUCUCUGCGCAAACAGCUGAAGGCCAAAGACGUAGAGCUCAGACAGGUUCAGAGGAGCAUGGCUCAGUGGAAGGAGCAGACUGCAGCGCGUCUGGCGUGCAAGUUUGAGGAGGAGUUGACAUCUGAACUGGAGAGGUGCAAGAUAAAGUUGUUAAAGGGCAGAAAAACAUCAAAGACCCAAGAAGAGACUCCGAGGAAACCGAAGAGGCCGGACAAAGACGUGAUGCCUUGUGCCAAGGAGGUUCAGAUUCCAGUUUGCUCUCCCUCCCUCCACGCUGCUGCCUCCCACAGCUCGUCAGACGUCGCCUCAUUUAAGCUGCUCCGUUACCUCCAGAGCAGAGUGAAGCAGCUCCGUGUAGAAAACCAGGCCUACACCUCCACCCCCAAGUCUUCUAAUACAACCCCUUUAGAUCUGUCAGGAUCCUAUCUUACAACAAUCACUCAAGAUAUUUCUGGGAUUCAGAGCCUGUCGUCGAUCAGGACGGUCUCAAGCUGAGGACCUGAAACCUCUCUGUGAUAUAAAGUUCUCUAAAUCUGCAUUUAAAGCAGUUUUUUUUUUUGUUGUGGCCACAUAAAUAAAUCAUUUACUGUGCUGAAGAUAGCAGGUCACGGUGACAAAUGACACAUCUAAAGAUUUGGUCAUCAAGUUCACAUUCCUCUCAGAUUUUAUAGCUCAAGGUUACAGUGAGCUGAUAUGUGACAUUUUACUGAAGAUCAUGUGAGUUAUGUCACUUAAAAACCUCGUAAAGCUGAGAGUUCCCUUGUAUAAUCAUCAGUGUAACUGCAUUUCAAUUACACAAUAUUUAAAGUCCCAUAUAUAUUUCAGGGGAAUUAGAAAUGUGAUGUAAACAUUUGAAUGAGUCUAAUUAGGUCAUCUGAAUGUGACUUUAAAGCUCCUGAAACAGACUUGUCAAAAAAUACUUUUUCCACGAUUUUUAUGGCAAAGAUGAAUAAUGACCAGUGCUACAUUCGACUGUUAAAAGAGAACAGGAUCAGAUCAUCUAUAAAACAUUACUUAUGCAUUUAGAGGACGAAAUAAUCCAAGAGAUGAGAUACCGCUUUCUCCACAGGGUGCGCCAAAAUAUACUCAAACCAGAUCCAGUUCCUCACAGGGGCUUCAAUGCCAGAUUGUUUAAAAGGUGAUUCCCCUAUGAUCUAAAGCAGUGCUUCUCAACUGAUGGAGCCUCGGGACCCACCAACACCUCCUCAACUAGAAAUCAUGACCCAAAUUUUCAGAACAUCUUCAGAAAUGUCAAUCACUCAGAUUUAUUUAAUGAAAAAUAGUGCAGUUUAGACUUCAGGUGCAAUAAAUUGUGACAGAACAAAACAAGUACUUUUUAAAGUUGUAUCGUAGACUUUUUGCAACAUUUCCUUCUUUUUCAGGCACACAUUGGCGACGCACUUUUGGGUCCCAUCCCACCAGUUGAGAACGUCUGAUUUAAAGUGCAGUAUUUUAAAUUUCAGAACUAAUGCUGAGCUGAUAAAUAAAAUCAUCCUCAGUCAAGGCAAUUGAUUGUCUUUAAUCAACCUUAAAAUUAAAUAGGACAGUUAAUCAUUGUUUGUGUCAAAUAAAAACUGUAACUAAA